UCACCAGUACAAAAGAUUCACGGCCUCUGAACUUGUGAAACUCCCUCACGCCCUCACCGUCUCACGCUUUUCCACUUUGAUUCUCUGCUUUUUCAUUGUUCUCAAAGAUCCAUUCUCUGAUUUUUUAAGGAAUAAAAAAUCUUCAGCCAUGCUAGUGUACCAGGAUCUUCUCACGGCGCUGUUCUUGAUCUUUCCGUGUAGCUAAUGGUAAGAGCAUUAAUGCCUCUUUCUAAGAGUAAGAAGGUGAUGAGCUUCUCUCGGACUCAUUCCCGUACAAGGAAAUUGAGAAUGGGAUGCUGUGGGAAGUGGAAGGAAAGUGGGUUGUGCAAGGAGUUGUUGAUGUGGACAUUGGAGCUAACCCUUCCGCAGAAGGUGGAGAUGAAGAUGAAGGUGUCGAUGACCAACAUGUCAAGGUUGUUGACAUUGUGGAUACCUUUAGGCUUCAGGAACAACCUUCUUUUGACAAGAAGCAGUUUAUCACAUUCAUGAAGAGGUACAUCAAGAAUCUAACAGCCAAAUUGGAGACAGAGAAGCAAGAGUUGUUUAAGAAGCACAUUGAGGGAGCGACCAAGUUCCUCCUUUCAAAGCUCAGUGAUCUCCAGUUUUUUGUGGGGGAAAGCAUGCAUGAUGAUGGCAGUUUGGUUUUUGCAUACUACAAGGAAGGUGCUACUGAUCCGACCUUUAUCUACUUUGCUUAUGGAUUAAAGGAAGUCAAGUGUUAAACAUUGGUCGAUCAAAACAAGCUUUGAGAUGGCGAUGUUUUCUGUAGUUUAGGUUUCAAGUUGUGUUACUAUUUUUAUUUCCUUCUUCUAUUGGUCAUUGGAGGAUAAAGUUAUACUUUGUCGGAAGAGUUUCAAUUUUUGGGUAGUGUUUUAUUAGUAUGUGCUUUUUAUGGUGGUGACAUUGGGACAAUUUAUAUACAGACGUUGGUGGAAGAAUAAAAAAUAAAGCGUGUUCU